CACACACUUGCUGCUGGCAAUGCCAUGCACAAAAUCCCCCAAUGUAUAACAGUUUCGACACAGGUGGGAUAUUUCAUUUGCUCUGCGCCUAAAAACAAACCAAUAAAUGUGUCAAACAGAGAAUGCAAUUUCUUGCUGCUUCUUCCCGUUUCGUACGCGUAUCGUGUGUGUUGUACUUUUCCUCAUCGUCGUUGUUGAAAUUAAAAAUCUAUUGUUUUUAACUCGCAUACAUUUUUUGUUUUUCGAACGAACACAAAAGCACAAAACAACGAAAUUGUUUCUUCCUCGUAAUCGCCGACAACGUAAAAUCGUUAAAUUUCUCGAAAAUGUGGCCCAAACGAAUUGUGAACAACGAAUUUUUCGCCGUGUGUCGGUUGUGAAUCUCGGAACAAACGAAUAAACGAACAAAUCGACAAAAGAAAAAUUAAUCGAGUCAACUUUUAGGCGUAUAUACGUCAGCUGAAAGCUGAAAUCUACAAGCUGCUAAUGUGCGGCAUGAUAAACAAAAUUCAAAAGAUGGCAAGCGUUAGUUGAAGUGAACAAAUUUAAAACGUGUAUAAGAACAACAAAAACAUAGUCAAUAAUUUUAUUAAAAAGUAAUUUAAGUAAAUUAUUGAAAGCAAACAGUGUUUUAUAAAGCAGAAAGAAAGCAAGCAAACGCGGGCGAUACUUGCUUUACUUUCACAAAAGCUUUUCGAAAUUCCCGUUGUACAACGCCUCAACGCCUUCACCGACACCAACAACUAUCGCAUUUGGCAAACUACAGCAUCGCUAGUCGAAUUAUUACUCAGCAUCUGAGCAGUUGUCACGAUGGCCGAUAAAGGAGAUAAAGGAAAGGAAACCCCCAAAAAUACGGAACAAAAGAACCAAGUGACCCGCGCCAUGCCCGAACAGAGCAAUGACUAUCGUGUUGUUGUGUUUGGUGCCGGUGGUGUGGGUAAGAGCUCACUGGUCUUACGUUUUAUUAGGGGCACCUUCCGCGAAACGUACAUACCGACCAUUGAGGACACCUAUCGGCAGGUGAUUAGUUGCAAUAAAAAUAUUUGCACACUGCAAAUAACGGACACAACAGGCUCACACCAAUUUCCGGCUAUGCAAAGACUGUCGAUAACCAAGGGUCAUGCGUUCAUAUUGGUCUACUCGGUGUGCUCCAAGCAGAGUUUAGAGGAGCUGCGACCAAUUUGGCAGAAUAUAAAAGACCUUAAGGGGCCGGACGUAGUCAAUAUACCGGUGAUGUUGGUGGGCAAUAAGAACGAUGAAAGCACUGAGCUACGUGAGGUGACACAAGCCGAGGGCCAGGCACAGGCCACCGCCUGGGGCAUAUCGUUUAUGGAGACAUCGGCCAAAACCAAUCACAACGUCACCGAAUUAUUUCAGGAACUGCUCAACAUGGAAAAGUCGCGCAUAGUGUCGCUGCAGUUGGAUGUCAAAAAGCAUAAGAAGCAGAAGAAGGAGAAGAAGGUCAAAGAGAGUAAUGGUGCUAUACCGGAAAACGGCGAGGGAGCAGCCGGUGCCAAGGAGAAAUGUCAACUCAUGUAAGGCUGUCAGCGUGUAGCGCAAAGGCUUAACGCGUCAACUGCGCUUAACAGAGGUAACGGUGUUGUCGGAGUUAGUGAAUGAAUGGCCGCGUUGAAAGCCCAACUUGCGCCUUACCGAAAAUGAAAUGAAUGUUGGUAAAAGCGCCAGCGGCACUCGGGCAAGCUUGUUGACAAUUAUACUCGUUUUGAAUUCACUUCAAAUUAGCUUUAAAAAGAAAACAAUUUUAACUUAUACUCAAAUGUUACAUAUUUUAGCUAUUUAUUUAUAUUUAAUAGUAAUUUAGGCUAAUCAAGUGCAUAUUACACAAUUAUUUAAGCAUAAUAGGUGUAUAUACCUAUAUAAAUAUAUACACAUUAUAUAUUAUAUAUAUUGCAUAUAGCUGCAUGUAGAGUGCAUUUGUAAAUUUUCAUAUAUGUUGUUAAGAUUUAUUAGAGCGUACCAAAGAGAUUUUCAGGGGCCAUUUCAUAAUUACAUAGAAAUACAAAAACAAUUUUUGCACAUCGAGUGUUGAUGCAAGUGCGUGUAAAGAAAAAAUGUGUGAAAAAUGCAUUGAUAGCCAUAUGUACUUGCAGAGAAGUUUGCUAGAAAGUUCAUAAAUAUUUUUAUUUUUCAAAGAAAGCUCUCAAUGCGCCAAGAAACUAAAAUAAAUAUAUAGCGUAAUUUCAUCGAGUCUUUAGUGCAGAGCGCAAGAUCGCAAAGAUUUUGAAUUCUGAUUUCUCCAGCAUAGAAAUUAACACUUUAAAUAAUUUUUAAAAAUAUUAUUAUUUUUUAGAUAACAUUUAAAAAAAAAGUUUACAAAUAUUACUUUUUUUUAGAUGUAAUUUUUCCGAAAAUUAAAAACAAUAUAAUAGUGCCAAUCGACUGCCGUGAACUGUAAAGCUUUCAAAUCAAUAGUCGAGGCUAUUUUUCUUCAAAUUUAAUUUCUAAAAUGAAAAUGGACCGCCUUACAGCCAAAAAAACAACAAUUUCUUUUACAAAGGUACUGAAAAACUAGGCCAUGAAUUUAAAUCCACUUGAAUAAUAUUUAUGUGGAGCCAUAUCCAAGAUUUAAGUAAAGAUUAUUCUAAAUUUUUCUAAAUAUUUAAAUUUAUUUAAUAUAAAUAUAAAUAUUUUAUUCAACAAUUAAAUUUCAAAAAUUUUUUUUUUUUAAUAUUUUAUUUAACAAUUAAUACAUUUUUAUAUCAAGAAAAUCAUGCAAUUAAUAUUUUUGUUCCACAAGUUCAUAUUCUUAUUUUUUAAGGCAUACCUUUAGGCGAGCAUAAACGUGAAAGAGAUGUUUGAUCAGUCAUCCGUCUAUUUCUGCCCUUUUCUUUCUGCGAGAUUUAAGAAGAGUUUCUCCUAUGAUUUCCAAAAUGUUUAAAAACAAUACAUAUAUAAUGUGAUGA